UCACGCAGUGUAUCCUUUUAAAGUAUGUCAAUAAAUUCUACAACCUGGAACGUAAGAUGAAAGCUCUUAAUAACAAUCUACUACAAUUUUUAAUGAAAGUGACAUUUGAAGAAAAAGAGACGUCGCUUAGAUCGUCCCUUUAUGAAAAAAAGAGCCUUUUAAAAGGAUUUCUCAAUAAACAAAAUCUCUACAAUUUUUUCUGUGAAACGUUUGUAAAAGAAAAUAUCAAAAAUUGUGUCCGAAAGAUUUUUGAGGUUUUGCAAAAUGACACUCGUUGGCCUAGCGGCCAGAAAAUUGUCCCUUAAAAAAAGAAAUGCAAAAUUAGCUGCUGCAUUCCCAAAUGGAGUGAGAUGUCAGAAAUGUCUCGAGUUCGGUCACUGGAGCUAUGAAUGCAAACAAGCAAAAAGAAAAUAUGUUCAUAGAACUUCGAGGACGAAACAGUUGAGCAAGAAUCUAGCCAAUAAGGAGCAAAAAAAAGCUACUGAUCUAGCUAAGGAGCCGAAAUUGAAACGAUCAAAGCACGACUCAAGUUCUGAUUCCAGUUCAGAUUCUGAUUCAGAUUCGAGUGCUGAAUCCGGAUCAUCAGGAAGUGACGAUGAUAGUUCAUCGUCCGAUUCGUCAGACUCCUCAUCAUCCUCGUCUUCGUCAGGCGCAUCAGGUUCAUCAUCUGAAGGAUCAUCUUCUUCCUCAGAUGGCGCCACCGGGGUAAAGAAAGAAAAACGGAAAAAAACUGCCAACAACAGUGACUCCUCAGAAGAUUGAAUUCAUGAAAUAAGUUACGGCUUUAACAUUUUUGUGUAGCACGCUUAAGUACAAUAUUGAAAUACUUUAUUUUAUAGAUAAUAACUAAUAAGUAAUAAAAAUGAUUUUGAUUUUA